UAUAAAAGCAGGCCCAUGUAGGAAUGGAGGAGAGAAAUCUCCCAUCACAAAUGGGAAAUCUCAGCAUUCUGAAAGCUGAAGGUUUUCUAAGGCUCUUCUCUUUGCUGUUUGCAGUCUCAAGCGCGUGUCUCGUUGGCUUCGAUUCCCAGACUAAGGUGGUUUUCUUCUCCAUAAAGAAAAAAGCCACCGACAGAGACCUACCUGCACUCUCGAUUUUGGUGAUGGUAGAGGGGGUUGUUGCCGGUUAUAAUCUCAUUCAGCUAUGCAAGUGCAUGAUCUUUGCUGGGAUUAAGGAAAGGCCAAGUGGAUGUAACAAGGGUCUUGCAUGGACUUGUUUCUUGUUGGACCAGAUGGUGGCGUACGUUAGCUUUGCUGCCACCUCAGCUGCGACCCAAGCGUCGUUCCUGGCAAUCACCGGUGCAAGUCAUCUGCAGUGGAGUAAGCUGUGCAACGUAUACACGCGAUUCUGUGAGCAAAUCGCCGGUGGGCUAGUAUGUGGUUUUGCUGCCUCACUUAUUAUGACGACAGUUGGCGCGAUCUCAGCCUUUCAUCUCUUCAGGCGUUACUCUUCAAAGCAGUUCCUGGUCCUUAAAUGAGGACCGUAGGUUGGACGUGUAUUACUCUCGAGUGAAAUGGUAAGUGUACUCGCAUCCACGUGUGAGAUGGACGUGCGGCUUCAGGCACACGUGUCAAUGUGGCACAUGUGUGGGUUUGGCUUGCCUGGUGAGUGGACCAACAUAUGCUCGCAGUGGACACUAUACCUAAUGAACGGCUUUCUCUCACACGUGUGCCAUGAGCCCCUACGUGCAUCCACACGUGUCAGUACACUUGGCAUUCCUCAUCUCUUCUCCUGGAAUAUAUGAGAAUUUUCUACUUUUCAUAAAAGGUCGAGUACAAUCUCUUCCCC